CGCGUAGCGACUCAGCCUCAGGUCACGGGUGUUUAAUCAAUUUUGCUGCACAGCACUUUUGCAGGGCUGCACUGGCACUGGCCAGUGGCAGGGCAAAGUCUCUUCCUUGCUUCUUGCCAUGUGCCUCAGAACAGCAAGGUGUGACGCAACGAGAACGUGACCAGCAGAAGGGGCGGGCCGCGGGUGUCCUUUUGUAUCCGUUUGUCGCAGGGUGCCCACAAACAAUUUCUGAAACACCAGAGAGCGGUUGGCAGCUUUCAAGCGAGACUUAGCACGUUAGCGUAUCUUGAGGAAACAAAAGUUGUUUGCAAGGAACCGCCAAGCGCCACGGUCAGCAUGGCGGCCAAAGUGAGAUGGGGAGAUAGCAUCGACUUUGACGAUGAGGAGUCGGACCAGGAGAUUGAGGCAGUGGACGACAAGUCCUUGCCGCCAAUUCAAGUCCUGGGGCCUGACGAGAAGGGGAUCAAGACAAUUAUCGAGUACAGCUUCAAUGACGCGGGGCAGAAGGUGAAGGUGGUGAAGAAGGUGCGCAACAAGCGUGAGAAGCGCAGCAAGAAGGUGCUGGAGCGCCGCAACUGGGCCAAGUUCGGCGACGCCAAGGGCCUCGGCAGCGAGCAGGAGCACCGCACCAUGGUGUCCACCGAGGAGAUCUGGAUCGAGCGCCGCGGGCUGCAGGCCGAGAAGGAGGCGGCCGAGAAGAAGGCGGCCGACCCGCUCGGCCAGCUGGCGCAGCAGGGCAACACGAGCCUCAUGGUCUGCCGCGUGUGCGGCAAGAAGGGCGACCAUUGGUCCGCGCAGUGCCCGUACAAGGACCUUGCCGCGAACAGCGGGGACUUUGGCGCGAAGGCGCCCGAGGACGGGGAGCGGCCCGGGUCGUCGUCCGGGAAGCCAGGGACGUACGUGCCGCCGAGCCGGAGAGAGGGGGCAUCGGCGCGGGAGGGCAGCGAGAUGGGCGGCGGGCGCGGUGGCCGUGGGCGGGACGACAACUCGAUCCGGGUGACGAAUCUGAGCGAGGACACGCGCGAGGAGGACCUGCAGGAGCUGUUCCGGCCAUUUGGGCCCAUCUCGCGUAUCUACGUGGCGUUCGACCGGGAGACGAAGCAGAGCAGGGGGUUCGCGUUCAUCAACUUUGUCACCAGGGAGGAUGCUCAACAAGCAAUCAGAAAGCUCGACGGCUACGGUUAUGACAAUCUCAUCCUGCGGGUCGAGUGGGCCACACCGAGAGAAGCAAAGGGCUAAGUUGGUGUUUCAGUACAUUAGGAGAGAAACUUCGGUUUGGCAGUUUAGGAAGCACGGCAGGUUGUAAGUAUCAUGCUUUUUAGAAGACGGUCUUGGAGUGUUCUCCGAGUUGAGUGCUGAGCAACGAUCGCAUCUGAUGGCAUCCAUACAUCAGCACAUCAAGGAAACACUGUCGGUGCGUUUCAUCCUUCAUGUCUGCUCUAUGCACCGCGCAAAGGUAACUGUAGACUCACAUGUGGACAGAUUGUAAAGCCCCACAGUCGUGGGAUGGCCGGCGUCAAUGACGUAGUCUACAGCUGCAAAGUUCAUAUACGUCCUUGUAGUCAUCUUGCGUGCAAU